CUGUGUUUACUUAGUAGGGCUUCUUUUCAUGAUUGUGUGGGCGGUGCAUGUGAUGUACUUCAGCACAACUCCAGCUGUAGCUAUAGCUAGCUAGAUAUAAAUUAUCGAAGAUGAGAGGUCUGGUCUGUAUCUGUGUUUCUUUGCUGGUCAUUUGUGGAGCUGCUGCCUAUCGUCCUGUGAUUAUCUUUCACGGGAUUUUUGGCACCUCCGCUCAUAUGGAUGAUUUGGUGGCGCUGAUCAAAGGGGCCCACAACGGCACUGAGGUACACAAUAUUGAUGGCUACGAUGAUCUACAAAGCCUCACUCCAAUGUGGGAGCAGGUGACCAACAUCAAGGCCGAGAUGCUGCCUAUAAUGCAGCAGGCAAAAGAUGGCGUCAACCUGAUCUGUUUCUCACAAGGGGGUCUAGUUUGCCGAGGUAUUCUUGAGACCACCCCUGAACACAAUGUCCACACCUUUGUGUCUCUCUCAAGUCCCCAGGCUGGACAGUUCGGAGAUACUGUCUACCUCGAACAUUUCUUCCCAAACUUCACCAAGGACCAUAUUUAUGAGUUAUUCUACACAACAUUUGGACAAAAGUAUUCAAUUGCCAACUAUUGGAGAGAUCCUCACCAAGAGCAGCUGUAUGCCAAGAGCAAUGUGUUCCUCUACCCCCUCAACCAUCCGAGUGACUCCUCCCACAAAACCAACUUUGAGCGGAUUGAGCAGCUGGUGUUGAUUGGUGGCCCUGACGAUGGUGUCAUCACUCCCUGGCAGUCAAGCCAUUUUGGGUUCUAUGAUGACAAUGAGCAGAAUAUUACAAUGGAGGAUCAAGAGUUCUACAAGACGGACAGUUUUGGUCUCCAAACACUUGCCUCGAAAGGGGUCAUUAAAGUCCACUCAAUUCCAGGGGUGCCCCACACCACGUGGCAUGGGAACAAAGAUGUCUUCAACUGCUGUAUUGCCCAAUACCUACAGUGAUGACUGGACUCUGUUAUACAAAUUAUCACUAUUUUUUUUAUUCUCAGCUAGUUUAUUAUGACACUGUUAGUAUCUGUUAUAGAUAACAAUGACACUAAGUAGUUGUGUGGCCUGGAGCUCUUUAAAGUACUGUAGUUUUUGUACAAUGGAUAAUAAUAUAUCUUUUAACAUUCGA